AUGCCGCUCCGCACGCUGCUCCGGCACCUCGCGGCCGGCCGGUUCGCAAGCCUUCAGGCGCUCACCGGCGCGGCCACGGCGCCGGCCGCGCACCGCGUCCUCCACCUCCUCCUCCGCACAACGCCGGCCCCUCCUCUCCCCGACCUCGUCUCCCUCGCGCGCUGGUCCCGCUCCCACUUCCGCGCGCCCCUCCCGCUCCAGCUCCACGCGCUCCUGCUCGCCCGCCUCGCCUCCCACGGCCUCCACCCGCUGCUCCGCUCCGAGCUGCACGCGCUCGCCGCCUCCCGCCUCCACUCCCCGGCGUCCAUCCUCCGCGCCCUCCCCGCGUCUUCCCCCGCCGCCGCGCCGCUCGUCGCCGACAUGCUCGUCCUCGCGCUCGCUAGGGCCUCCCAGCCCUUGGCGGCGUACGAGGCUUUCCUCCUCCUCGGCGAUAACCACCCGCGCCACCGCCCCUCCGCCUUCUCGGUGAACAGCCUGCUCUCCGCCCUUUUCGCCGCCGAGCGGGUCGACCUCGCCGAGAGGGCUUUCAAGGCGGCGCUCCGGCGGCGCGUGUCGCCGGACCUUUUCACCUUCAACAUCGUCAUCUCCGGGCUCUGUAAGGCUGGGCAGCUUCGCAAGGCCGGCGAUGUAGCCAAGGACAUCAGGGCGUGGGGGCUGGUUCCCUCUGUGGCCACCUACAAUGCUCUCAUCGACGGCUACUGCAAGAAGGGCCGCGUCGGGAGGAUGUACCACGUCGAUGCGCUUUUGAAGGAGAUGGUCGAGGCUGGAAUCUUGCCUAACGUCGUUACAUUCAAUGUGUUGGUUAGUGGGUAUUGCCAGGACUCGAACACUGCUGCUGCGGUGCGAGUCUUUGAGGAGAUGAAGCAGCAGGGGAUUGCGCCCAGCAUGGGGACAUACAAUGCACUUGUUUGGGGUCUCUGUAGAGAGGGGAAGGUAGAGGAAGGGGUGAAGCUGGUGGAUGAGAUGCAGGGUUUGGGGCUGGCGCCUAAUGUGGCCACCCUGAAUAGUGUGCUGAAUGGGUUUUGCAAAAAGGGCGUAAUGGCUGAUGCUGAGAAUUGGCUUGAUGGUAUGGCAUGGAGGAAUAUUGAACCUGAUGUGGUUACUUACAAUACCUUGAUUGAUGGAUAUCGCCGGCUUGGCAAAAUGAAGGAUGCGACAGCGGUGAGGGAGGCGAUGGCAGGGAAGGGGAUUAGUCCAAAUGUCAGAACAUACAAUUGCCUGAUAGCUGGGUUUGACCAGAGUGGGGAUUGGAGGAGUGUUUCUGGUCUUCUCGAUGAGAUGAAGGAGAAAGGUGUUAGAGCUGAUAUUGUUACUUACAAUACACUUAUUGUCGCCCUGUGCUGCAAAGGGGAAGUAGGUAAAGCUGUAAAGCUCUUGGAUGAAAUGUUGAUGGUUGGCUUGGAACCAGAGCAUCGGACUUACAACAACAUAAUAAAUGGGUACUGUGAGAAGGGGAACAUUAAGUCUGCCUUUGAAGUUAGGACCAGGAUGGAGAAAGCUAGGAAACGGGCAAAUGUGGUCACAUACAAUGUGUUCAUCAAGCACCUGUGCAGAAUGGGGAAGAUGGAGGAGGCUAAUGAGCUCCUGAAUGAGAUGUUGGAGAAAGGUCUCGUUCCAAAUAAGGUUACCUAUGAAAUAAUCAAGGAGGGGAUGAUAGAGAAAGGUUACGUUCCUGAUGUAAGAGGACUCGCUUGCUCAGAAGCGCCUGAAAACCUGCCAUCCUGAAACGCUUGAAGACUGGUCGUGUUUCCCAAGAAUAGAAGUAAUAUUCAUGGUCCCCAGUAGUCACACAAAUGAAAUGCAACCAGGAGUUCAUUCCCUGUUGGUGGAAAAAAGAUUUGGGGCUUCCAUCUCCCCUCUGAGUCCUGAGGUGCAGCAAAAUGUUUAUCACCCACAUAAUAAAACAACAUGUGCAUAUCGAGGCUUAUGCACACUUUUUCUCCAAUGAUAUUGUUUGUCUUGCUGAUGGUUCUAACCAGCAAGUGUGUAUUGCAUAUUGUGCUGUUGCUCAGCAUAUGUUUCUGAGCCCCAACCCUGAUGGUAGAUUUAGUGUUCCAAAUUAUUUCGAGUUGUAAAAAUCUCACAUGAAAAAGGGAGCAAGCAGUUCCUUUUCAAAGGACUACCACUGGCUUACCAUCAUCUUGUAAAUUUGGCUGCUUUACCAGGAACUAUUCGUUGUAGUCUUAUGCUUUUACUGGUAUAGGUACCUAUUGUACAGCCUUCAGCUUAUGUGUCCGUACAGUUAUUCUCAAGUGACAAAUCAUGCAAUAGAUCUCCUCUGCUCUUGUGAUCUGAA